GAGCAGCGACGCCGUGGUCGCUGGCCGCCGCUGAGCCCAACCCGGACGCAGCUCGCCGCGCCCUGGCACCCUCUUCUGCGGAUACCCUCGCCCCCCGAGAUUAAUGUGGCUGCUUAUGACUAAGGAUUCUGGGACCACAGAUGUUCAGAGAAGUAACAUAUACAUAUAAGAAACAUGAUUCCGGUGACCGAGUUCCGGCAGUUCUCCGAGCAGCAGCCCGCCUUCCGGGUGCUGAAGCCGUGGUGGGAUGUGUUCACGGACUACCUCUCGGUGGCCAUGCUGAUGAUUGGAGUGUUUGGAUGUACUUUACAGGUCAUGCAAGACAAGAUCAUCUGCCUUCCAAAAAGAGUGCAGCCUGCUCAGAACCACUCUUCCCUUUCCAAUGUCUCCCAGGCCGUUAUCAGUACCACCCCACUGCCCCCGCCUAAACCCUCUCCGAGCAACCCCGCAACCGUGGAGAUGAAGGGGUUAAAGACAGACCUGGACCUCCAGCAGUACAGCUUCAUCAACCAAAUGUGCUACGAGCGGGCCCUGCACUGGUAUGCCAAGUACUUCCCCUACCUUGUGCUUAUCCACACCCUGGUCUUCAUGCUCUGCAGCAACUUCUGGUUCAAAUUCCCUGGAUCCAGUUCCAAAAUCGAGCACUUCAUCUCCAUCCUGGGGAAGUGCUUCGACUCCCCGUGGACCACGCGGGCUCUCUCCGAAGUGUCCGGCGAGGACUCUGAAGAGAAGGACAAUAGGAAGAACAACAUGAACAGGCCCAGCACCAUCCAGUCCGGUCCUGAGGGAAGCCUGGUCAAGUCCCAGUCUCUCAAGUCAAUCCCUGAGAAGUUCGUGGUUGACAAAUCUACCGCGGGGGCUCUGGACAAGAAGGAAGGUGAGCAGGCCAAGGCCUUGUUUGAGAAGGUGAAGAAAUUCAGACUGCACGUGGAAGAAGGUGAUAUCCUGUACGCCAUGUAUGUGCGGCAGACUGUGCUCAAGGUUAUCAAAUUCCUAAUCAUCAUUGCCUACAACAGCGCUCUGGUUUCCAAAGUCCAGUUCACGGUGGACUGUAACGUGGACAUCCAGGACAUGACGGGCUAUAAAAACUUUUCUUGCAAUCACACCAUGGCCCAUCUGUUCUCCAAGCUCUCCUUCUGCUACCUGUGCUUUGUGAGCAUCUACGGCCUGACGUGCCUUUAUACCCUGUACUGGCUCUUCUACCGGUCUCUGAGGGAAUACUCUUUUGAGUAUGUCCGGCAGGAGACUGGCAUCGAUGACAUUCCGGACGUGAAAAAUGACUUCGCUUUCAUGCUCCAUAUGAUAGACCAGUAUGACCCCCUCUAUUCCAAGCGGUUUGCCGUGUUCCUGUCCGAAGUCAGCGAGAACAAGUUAAAACAACUCAAUUUAAAUAACGAGUGGACCCCGGACAAGCUGCGGCAGAAGCUGCAGACGAACGCCCACAACCGCCUGGAGCUGCCUCUGAUCAUGCUGUCUGGCCUCCCGGACACCGUGUUUGAGAUCACAGAGUUACAGUCUCUGAAGCUGGAGAUCAUUAAGAACGUCAUGAUACCCGCCACCAUCGCCCAGCUAGACAACCUUCAGGAGCUCUGCCUGCACCAGUGCUCGGUCAAGAUCCACAGCGCCGCGCUCUCCUUCCUGAAGGAGAAUCUCAAGGUCCUGAGCGUCAAGUUCGAUGACAUGAGGGAGCUGCCCCCCUGGAUGUACGGCCUCCGGAACCUGGAAGAGCUCUAUCUGGUUGGGUCUCUGAGUCACGACAUCUCCAAAAAUGUCACCCUGGAGUCUCUGCGGGACCUCAAGAGCCUUAAGACCCUUUCCAUCAAGAGCAACGUCUCCAAGAUCCCUCAGGCUGUGGUGGAUGUGUCCAGCCACCUCCAGAAGAUGUGUGUCCACAAUGACGGCACCAAGCUGGUGAUGCUGAACAACCUGAAGAAGAUGACCAACCUGACGGAGCUGGAACUGGUCCACUGCGACCUGGAGCGCAUCCCCCACGCCGUAUUCAGCCUGCUCAGCCUCCAGGAGCUGGACCUGAAGGAGAACAACCUAAAGUCGAUAGAGGAGAUCGUGAGCUUCCAGCACCUGAGGAAGCUGACCGUGCUCAAACUGUGGUAUAACAGCAUCGCUUACAUCCCGGAGCACAUCAAGAAACUGAGCAGCCUGGAGCGACUGUUUUUCAGCCACAAUAAGGUGGAGGUGCUUCCCUCCCACCUCUUCCUGUGCAACAAAAUCAGAUAUCUGGACUUGUCCUAUAACGACAUCCGCUUCAUCCCGCCUGAAAUCGGAGUUCUGCAGAGUUUACAGUAUUUUUCCAUCACUUGUAACAAAGUGGAGAGCCUCCCAGAUGAACUCUACUUCUGCAAGAAACUCAAAACUUUGAAGAUUGGGAAAAACAGCCUCUCCGUACUUUCGCCAAAAAUUGGAAAUUUGCUAUUUCUUUCCUACUUAGACAUCAAAGGCAAUCACUUUGAAGUCCUGCCUCCAGAGCUGGGAGACUGUCGUGCUCUGAAGCGAGCCGGGCUGGUCGUGGAAGACGCUCUGUUUGAGACUCUGCCCUCAGAUGUCCGCGAGCAAAUGAAAGCAGACUAACUUAUUUUUCAUCAAAGUAUGACUGAAACGUGCUUCUACCAAAUACAAUAUAAAGAGUUAGGUAGUCCUAAUGCCUUUCCUAUAUUAUUAUUUUUUUCUUUUCCACACAAGACAAAAUGUACACAAAGAUUGAGUAAGGAGUAUGUAUUUUUAAUAAAAAUUUAAUUGUAUUUUUUCAAUAUUAAUAUUUUAAAGUUUUAUUUGUCCUGGAAGCUGAUGUAUCUGUUACUGCUUUCUGCCAGCAGGAAUGGAUAGUUCCAUCUGGCUUUGGGUUUUGCUUUCUCACUUGAGUUCAUUCUUGUAAAAGGAAAGGAAUCCUAGGUCGUGUGAAUUUUGGCACAUUCUAAAUGGGUGAAGAUACUUUGUCAACACCAUCUUUACUUUCGUUCUACCCGUCCGAGCCCUUGGUGUGUUUCGCCAUGUGUACAACUGUGCCAGCUGUUUUACUGUCAGCCGCUGCCUUCCCUGGUCAGGUGGUGCCACUCUAUAGAAAACUCUAGACUGUGAACUCAUGCAAGUGUGCUGUCACAGAGUAUCACCCUGAAAAGCCCCUUUCUUCUGACACUGUUACUUGUAUCCUUUCCUAAACAGUUUCAGUUGGCCUGGGGUAGGCUUUUGCAGCGGGUGAGGAGAGCAAUCCCCUGUGGUUGCUCUCCUUGCAUGCAUGUAAUAUUUGUUGUCAAACUGAUCUGAAUUUUUUACCAACAUUUUACAUCCUAAAAUAUGUCAUCAAAAAUUAAAUACAACCACUGCCCCCCAUCCACCUCAGUAUUGCCAUGUGGUACUGUUGAACAACCUUAGGGAAAUUAGAUUUUAUUUCAAUAUUCUAGCAGAUAAUUAAAUUUUAAAUCAUAGAAUUAGAAGCCUGUUUUGAGUAAUUUAAUCAGUUUCGAUGCCUUGAUAUGUGGAUGCAUCCGAUGGAAAACAAUCUUGCUACUAAGGCACCCUGAUAGAAAGCUGACGUAUUCCACGCAGGCCCCGCCCCUUCCUUCUUGGACCCUGUGCAGAGAUACAAAGCAGCCCACUGUAUACAUAGGCGUGGUCAUGAGCUUCCCGCAAGCCUGCCCUCAGUGCGAUGCCAGUUAGGCAAGCAUGAGAAGUCUCAGCUCUCCGCUGAAGAUCGCUCCUCACCAGCCAGGCGCAGUGACUAACCUCUGAGUGCUCUCACUUAGCAACAGUUCCCACCUGGUGGCUGGCAAAGCUUUUAUUGAUCUUUCUCUUCUUAAAAUCCAGGCAAGUGUGGAGACUUGAGUUACAUAGUCCACCGAGUGGCCUAAGGAAAACUUAACACUGAGAAUAGGAAGAUGAUUUGACUUCUGAAACCCCGUUUUGAAGAACGUUUUCUUGGCCCCCAUGACCUUGCCCAGACUUUUUUUUUUUUUUUUUUUUUUUUGUGACACGUAGACAUGGAUAAGGCAUGUCUGGGAAGCACAUGGUCCUCGUCUGAGUUAAGAUAGAGAGCUGUGGGGGUGUAGCUGAGUGAUGAAGCGCUUGCCCAUGCGGUGCCCAGAGCCUGAGUUUAGUGACCUGAUACUACAAGACAGACAAGGGAACAGGACUCAUCACGCUGGGUGGAUGAAACACAAAGGAACGUCUGAGUGAAGGGCCAGCCGUGUGCAAGCGCUUCUGUUUCAGUAGUGAUUUCUUUAAGCCUGGAGUUAAAAUAGUAUUUUGAAGUACCAUUAUAGCUAUACUUCUUAUAUGAAGAAAUAAAUAUUCAGUUUUAGAAUAUUGAAUGGUAAGAAUCAUGUGUCAUGUUCAGAAAAGCUCUGUCUUACAGAAUUUACAGGCAGAUUGUCUGUGAUUGGGCACGAGUAACCUGUUAUUGGAAUGUAAAUUGAACCAAUGAAUACACUGUUUCGAUUGUUAAAACUUAUGGUUAUUUCUAACAUCACCUUUCAGAAGGGAUCUACUCAAGUUAAACACCAUAGUUAUACUGAAGUCUUUCUCUGGCAUUAACUGAAAAUCUCAUAUGGGUUCAUAACUGAAGCAAAUCGCCAAUACUUCAAUUUUAUCAAGCUUCCAAAUAACGAUUUAUCUUCAUAAUGAUUUGGCAGGCUGACUCCCAACCUAAGUUGUAAAUAACACCCAAUAAAUGAGUAUAAUUCCGAGACUUUCUUUUAACUAAGAGUGAAAUAUUCAUAGAUCUUUUUAUUAGAUUUUAUAAAACUUCCAAAGCCUCAAACUCUGAAUAGUUUAGAUGUUCUGAUUCUUGUUCUUUUUAAUACAGUCAUCUUUUGUUCUCAUUUCUGAGUAAAAUGCUUUCAGUUGCUGUCCAGCCUUCCAACGGAAACUCAGGUGCCUGGACUGCUGGCUUUUCUAAUGUUCUCUGAUCUAACUCAGUGCAGAGAGGCUCUCUGCCUCCUCUCUCUCUCUCUCUCUCUCUCUCUCUCUCUCUCUCUCUCUCUCUCUCUCUCUCUCUCUCUCUCUCUCUCUGUUUUCCAAGUGCUCUUGCUGAGAAGGAUCAGCUCUCUGUCCAGCCUCUGACUCACAACAAACUGCUGUACAAAUCACACAUGUGCCAUCUGUACUCUUAACUCCGAGGUGGCUUCAGGCUCAAGGUGGCCACGCUGUACAGUGAGGUUUACUAACGGAGUGCAGAACAGCCAUCUGGUGGUGCUCUGGUCGGAAGGUCCUAGGGACCAGCAAGGUGGCUCUGAGGGUGAGUGGCACUUGCCAUCCACCUGAGGUCCUGAGCUCGCUCUGCAGGAUCCACACAGUGGAAGGAAGGAAGCAGCUCCCAGAAGCUGUCCUCUGACAGGAGCCGUGGUGUGAACACCUACACAAAACACACACGAAGUAAUGUAGAUUUUAAAUCAUAGGUUAAAAAAACAUGUCCAAGAAUGUAACACCUCAGAACAGAAUUGUGUUUUCUUAUUACACAAUUAUUUGAUCUGAUUUUGAAUAUCAGAACUCUCAAGAUAAAUUCUGUGGUGUACAGGAGGCUCUUGAAAUCCCCACCCAGCUCGUCCCUGCUGAUACAAUGAGUCUCUGUGGUGUCCUGGGCAGCAAGCAGACCUGCCUUUUCAGGCUCUUUUGGAGAUGUCCCUGCCCCAAGGAUGUUGUUCAUUUUGAUCACAGGCCCUGCUCUGAAGGGUCUGAAACAUGAACUCUUCCUUGGGUUUCUUAAACAAAAGAAGUCCAGUUUCUUUCAGUAUGCUGAUUUGUGGCUUGAAUUUAUCUUACUUUCUAAUCCAAUUUUUAUACCAAAUACCUGAUGAACAGUAUUGGCAUUCCAACAGUAACAUUUAUGGCUUGUCAAUACAAAAGUCCAUUAGCACUUCUCUUGCAGACCCUGUUGAUGUCAUUUCAAUUUUUCAUAAAGUAAAUUAAGAUUACAUUAAAGAGUUUACACUGGAGCAGAAUCUCAAAAACAGGGUUUCAUACUCAAGGGAACAAAAUGGCUACCACUGAGGAAACCCCCAGAAGAGUCUAUGGUAUGUUUACACCUUUUCUGUUUAGAGACAUAGUAAGAAACCCCAGUCUUACCUAGAGCCACCAUGAGUUUUCAGAUUUAGCUCUCAGUCUUCAACCUUCUGAUAAUUAUGAUAUCAGCCUCCCAAACAAGUAUCUGCACCCAUUCCUCUUCCCAAAGUCACCCACUAAUAAAGAUGAAAUUCUUAGGAUUAUCUGAUGGAGAGAGAAGAGAGUCUCCCUUUGCCCCCAAGGAAUUAGUUUUUUUCAGAAGGGUAUAUAACAUUGGACAGCUUGGUUUACUGACCAGAUAGCAGCCACUAUGUAUUUAUGGUUGGGUCUAGUUUUUGAGCCAGGGUCUUGCUUUUUAACCCAGGCUGAUCUUAAACGUGACAGCCUCUUGCCCCGGCUUCCUGGACACUGGAUCACAGGUGACUGCACACCUGGCCUGUGUGCUUUCUAGUGGGUUCAUCUGUGUGUUCAUUCCCCCGCCACAUGGCUCUCUGGGGUGUCACCCCAUGCCUUAUGUGCUUGCUGGUGUUUGGUUUGCAUUUGUUUACUGUGUUCAUGUGCAUUAAGAUUGUCAAGUGCUGGCAAAUUUGUCGGACUGCCAAGGAAAAGGACUGAUCGUUCAUUUGUCAGAAUACAUGUUCAUGAAAGGAAAUGUCUUAAUGUUAUUUCGCUAUGUAGCGUAUAGGAACAAAAAUAAAGUCAUUUUUGUAACAUAA